AUGAACGGCAACCCUGAGGUCCGCUUCGCCUUCAAGCUCAAGUCCAGCAAUAACGAGCACUACCGAGUCAACCCCGUCUUCGGAUUCGUGGAGCCCGGCGCUGCUGCCCAAGUCGAAGUGAUCCGCCAGAACGGCCCUCCAAAAGGUGAUGACAAGCUCGAGAUCUGCUUCGCUGGGGCUCCUCCAGAUGCUGGGGACGCCAAGGCCAUCUUCCCUCCUGGAUCUUCUGGCGAGUUCAAGGUCGACGUUCCUAUGGCUGCUGCAUGAGUAUGGCUGCGGGACGAUGGAUAAAGAUGAUGGAUAAGAACACACAGUAAUCUCUUGAUGUGAAGAAUAGAUGCUGAUGUGAAUAGGACCACCCAAAAUAGAUAAUCGUAAAUUGUGAUAUUUCUUCCCUAUAUAAUGUACCAAUAAUAUUGUAUUGUUAUGUAUGUAUUUGUUGUAAAUAAAAUUGUUUUUGAAGAUUGUUUUUUGAAUUCUUUGAAAUGAGAUAGUAAUUAAGAAUUGAUCAUUCUUAGGUGUUUUUGUGAAUG